AUGGGGAGGAGGACAGCAGAAUCAGAUGGGGCAGACUUAAAUGGUGUGCAUAGAGAAUAUUGUGAUGUUAUUUUUCAAAAUGAGCAGUUGUUUGCAUUGGCUGGGGAUGGCUCGGUUGAAGUUGGGACUUCAACAAAGAUUGAAAAGGCGGAUAUAAUGCAAGACUUUUCCAUUUACAAGUAUUCUACUCAGAAUUAUCUGGUGGAGUCAUUGGGUGAGAUUUGGUAUGUGGGGAGAGUGAUAGGGAACUUUGUUAAUCAUGAGGGCAUAGUCAUUGGUCAGGGGAAUCUUCCUGAGGGGUUUGCUGUUAUUUGUCCCUAUAGAACUCUGCGGUUUUACGUCCUAAAGUUGAACAUCACUGCCAAAAGAAUUGGAAGAAACUCAAUUUACUUCACAGAUGAUCGUUGGAGGAAUAUAAAUUUCCAAUUAGACUCUGCUGAGGAUGGUUAUGGUGGUCAUGAUAAUGGAGUUUACAACAUAGGAAAUAAAGUUGUGAAGCCAUUUGAUCAGCUUGAUAAGUGGAAAAUUGAUCCACCGCCCCUUUGGAUUGUUCCUAAUCCAUGA